UUUUAAACGGUUGGCCUCCUCCAAGUCAACAUCACUACGGAAAACCACAUGAUAAAUCGCCAUUGCCUCUAGGUAUACCAUAGCGCGCCCGUUUCACCACCAGAAGAUCCAAGCAUUAACAAACCACGUCAUAAAAUUUCCAAUAUGGGUCUCAGUAAUGCUUUUCAACUGUGCAGUUUGAUUUAUGCUAGUUUGAAGGUGAUUUACCUGACGAUAGCACUGUAUCAGGUGGCAUUUUGUUCAAGUGUGGAGUGCCCCAAUGAAAACUCUAUACCAGCCGCCUUCGUAAUCCUAUUGGUGAUGAUAUUCCCCGCUUUGAUGAUUGCCGGAAUAUUGAAGAAAAAUCUCCAAAUGCUUCGCAUCUGCAAAGUGUACAACAUCGUGGAGAAAUCAGUGAUCAUAUUCGGCCAGCUGGUGAUGAUCAUCAUGAUGGAACGAGUCUACCAGCUCUACCGUCGACGCCAUUACGUAUCCGACGAGGAAGCAAUGUCCGUUGAGCUGGCCUACGGACUAAUGGCAAUCGGAGUCCUGCUUACAGCACUCUACUUGAUUUUCCGCAACUGGAUGAUCGAUGGAACCAUAGCAUCUAUCAAGGAGGAUCUCUACAUCUUGAACCGGGACAAGUAUGUCAUGCAAUACAACUGCGAGGCAUGAACGCAUCAACCUACUUUGUUAUGUGUGGUCCCACACCGCAGAAUUUGAUUGUUGUUUAAUGCGAUACAUUUUUGUACAUCGAAGGUUACUAAAAAGUAACCAGACUAAGAAAGUUGAAUAGAAAGUAAGAAAGUUGUUGUGAAAUGAUCGAAAAACAGUUUCAUGCAUUAUUAUUUUCAUUAUUAAUCAAACGAAGUAUAAAAAAGACUAA